GGUGGGUACCCUUUGCCCAAAAAGCCCCGCCUCUUUUUGUUUUUCUUCAACUUUUAACUCUCCCCACUCUUUUUUAUAUAACUUUUUUUAUAUAAAACAAAAUGGCCUCAUUAUCACGCUCAUUUGCGUCUGCCAUCGUCAAUCGCUCUUACACCAAUGCACCUGCUUCUGUUAACGCUUUAAAGACAGUUUUCCACGCUUCCAGCAACACUACUGACGACGAACACCAUGAAUCUCACAAGAGCCAUCCUUUGUUCAGUGCCGCCACCAAGCAAAGAUCUGUCGGUGGUUUAGUUAACAGAUCCAGCGUCAAUGUUGGACCCAUUAACGAUUUCCAAUUACGUCGCAACCACACCACUUCUAUUCCCGACUUUAGCAAGUAUAAGAAGACCAAGAGCAGUGGUGAAGCCAGUCGUAACUUUGCUUACAUGGUUGUUGGUACCACUGGUUUGUUGAGUGCCGCCGGUGCUCAAGCUACAGUUACCGAUUUCUUGGCCAAUAUGUCUGCUUCUGCUGAUGUUUUGGCUUUGGCCAAGGCCGAAGUUGAAUUAGCUUCUAUCCCUGAAGGAAAGAACGUUACAAUCAAGUGGAGAGGAAAGCCCGUAUUCAUUCGUCAUCGUACUGAAUCCGAAAUUGCUGAAGCCAACACAGUCAAUGUUGCUGAAUUACGUGAUCCUCAACAAGAUGCUGAGAGAGUCAAGGAUCCUAAAUGGCUCGUCAUGUUGGGUGUCUGUACCCAUUUGGGUUGUGUUCCUAUUGGUGAAGCUGGUGAUUUCGGUGGAUGGUACUGUCCCUGUCACGGUUCUCAUUAUGAUAUUUCUGGCCGUAUUCGUCAAGGUCCUGCUCCUCUUAAUCUCGAAAUUCCUGAAUACAACUUCCAAGAUGAUAAGCUCAUUAUCGGUUAGACGUCUUUAUGUUUGUUUUAAUAAAAUAAAGUUCAAUUUUACAGCAAUAAUAAUAAUAAUAAAAAAAAA